AUGAGGCUCACCGCCACCUCCGGACUCACGUACCUUGCUGCCCUGGCCAUCACGGCAGCGGCAAGGCCGUUCAACGAGCGAGACAGCUUCAGCGGCUACAUCACUCCCAUAGGGGAGAUCAGCAACGCCGGUGCCCUUUCGGCCUGCGGCCAGGAGUACGUCACAGAUAGUUUGUUUGUGGCCGUCCAGCCCUCGCUGCUGCCGGCCGACUGCUCGCCUCGCUCAAUCACCAUCAGGUGCAAGAGUGGGACCGUAACAGCCCAGGUUGUCGACAAGUGUACGGGUUGUGGUCCUGACCACAUCGACGUCUCUGCCGCGGUGUAUACCGCGGCUGGAGGCGAACAGGGCGGCAUUGACCCCAUCCACGGCUGCAGUUGGGAGAUCUAG